GGAACCGGGGAGCCGCGGAACCGGAGAGCCGCGGAACCGGGGAGCCGCGGGAACCGGGGGCUGCUCACCGCGGCAGGGCCCGGGAAGGAGGCUCCGCUCGGCUCGCAGGAUGUCCCAGCCGCCCUCCAUCACCCUCCACGUCCCCGAGGGCACCGAGAGCGAUGGCCAGGAGCCCAGCCCGGACAACGAGAGAGCCCUGCACACCUCAUUCCACCAGCUCAUCCUGGAGCAGAGCAGCUUGAUCGAGGCAGGCCUGGAGCUGGAGUUGCAGGAGAAGCCCAGAGAGUCCCCAGCCUACCUGGCCGUUCCAGAAGCCUGUGCCAUGGCCUGGCCAGAGCCUGGGCAAGGUGAGGAGCACCCCAGCCCCUCCUCUGCCUCCCUGCAGAUCUUGGCCAGCAUGCCCAGCCGCACCAUCGGCCGCAGCCUCGGGGCCGUCAUCUCGCAGUACUGCAACCGCACGGCGCGGCUGCGGCGCCGCAGCGGCCGCCCGCCCCUGCAGCAGCUGUGCCGCGCGGCACGGCCCAGCCUGCGCCACUACGACCUGGAGACCGACCCCGCCAGGGCCACGCUGGAAGAGAAGCGGUGCCUGCUGGUGAAGGAGCUGCUGAGCCUCUCGCCCAGCCAGUGCAGCCACAUGCUGCUCACCAUGCCCCUCAGCCUGGCGGAGAAACGCAUCCUCCGGCGGCAGCUGAGCGGGCGGAGGGGCCCAGUGAGGCAGCGUGCCCGUCGCUGGGCCCCCUUCUCGCCCUGUGGUUGGUCCAGGGUCUGCGUCGGCCUCGGCUGCCGAGGUCUCUGGUACAGGCUGCUGUCCCUGCUCCGCGCGGCGCAGCCCGGGCACUAUGCCCUCAAGCAGAUCGGUGGCCGCUUUGGCUCCAGCGUCCUGUCCUACUUCCUCUUUCUCAAGACACUCCUUAUGUUGAACUUCUUUUCAUUCUUCAUCCUCCUGACCUUCGUGGUGGUCCUGCAGGCCGUGUACCCCACUGCAUCAGUCAGCCCCCAGCCCUUCACUGGCCUCGAGCUCCUCACAGGAGCGGGCUACUUCACGCACUCGCUGCUCUACUACGGCUACUACAGCAACGUCACCCUGAACGACCCCUGCCCCUCCAGUCCUGGGGGCAGCGUGUGCCCCCUCCCAGCCCCCCUGCUCCCCUACAACUUGCCUCUGGCCUACCUGUUCAGUGUUGGGGUGUCCUUCCUUGUCACCUGCAUCCUGCUGGUGUACAGCGUGUCCCGCUCUUUUCGGGAGAGCGUGAAGAGCCCCACAGGGGACUUGGCCAUCAAGGUCUUCUGUGCCUGGGACUUCAAGGUGAUCCAGCGGCGCUCGGUGAAGCUGCAGUGCGAGAACAUCUGCACCCAGCUGAAGGAGCUGCUGGCGGAGCGGCGCUCCCGCUCCCACUCCCAGAGCCUGGGGCACUGCCUCGUGAUGCUGCUGGCCUGGGGGCUGGCCCUGGGCUCGGUGUUGGGCUGCGUGCUGGCUGUGCACUACUUCUCAGAGCACAUGCACACGGUUCAGCAGGAGCAGCAAGCACAGGGCAGUGGCAGAUGGCAGCAAGAAGCCGUUCUGCUGGUCCUGCCCCUUGUGGUGUCCCUCCUCAAUGCCUUGAUGCCCCACCUGUUCAACUUGCUGGCGGUGUGGGAGAAGCAGGACUCCCCAGUGGCACAGGUCUCCGUGGCAAUCUUCAGGAACCUCAUCCUGAAGGUGGUGAUUCUCAGCCUGCUGUGCUACCACUGGCUCAGCCGGAGCGCUGUCUGCUCUACAGAGGAGUGCUGGGAGACGUGUGUGGGGCAGGACCUGUAUCGCUUCGUGGUGAUGGAUUUCAUAUUCACCUUGCUGGAUACGCUCUUCGGGGAGCUGAUCUGGAGGCUAAUUCUGGAGAAGAGGCUGAAGACAAAGCAGAGGCCAGAGUUUGAUAUAGCCCGAAAUGUGCUGGAGCUGAUCUAUGGGCAGACCCUGACCUGGCUGGGCGUUCUCUUUGCUCCGCUCCUGCCAGCUGUGCAGAUGCUGAAGCUGCUGCUGUUGUUCUAUAUCAAAAAGACCAGCCUGAUGCGGAACUGCCAGUCCCCCAGCAAGCCCUGGCAGGCGUCACGCAUGAGCACCGUGUUCAUCACGCUGCUGUGCUUCCCCUCCUUCCUGGGCACAGCCGCUUUCCUCUCCUACACCAUCUGGUCGAAGCAGCCAUCAGAAACCUGCGGUCCCUUUCGAGGGCUGGAAACCAUCUACAAGUCAGGGAAGAUGUGGGUGCUGGUGCUGGAGAAGUCCAACCCCAACAUCACCUGGUUUGCCUGGGUCUACCAGCACCUGCUGGAGAACACUUGCCUCCUGUUCUUCAUGUCUACGGCCCUGAUAGCUGUGAUCUACUUCAACAUCCAGGUGGUGAGAGGCCGCCAGAGGGUCAUCUGCCUGCUCCAGGAGCAGAUUGCCAACGAAGGGGAGGAUAAGCGAUUUCUCAUGCAGAAGCUGCAGGCCGUUUACGAGCAGAGACACAGGCGUUCCUGAGUCCCAGCUCCACAGGAAGGAAUGGGAUGGGAUGGACUCUGCUUGCAGCUGGGACUGAAUCUGUCCAUCACAACACAGCGCUGGAAGCUGGGGGACCGCGGAGCGCUGGGGAAGAUCCUCCUCUUGCCAUGGCCAAGGACCCACUGGGACGUGUCC